AUAUAUAUACUCCAGUUGUCUGUUUUUACUAGUUCUGUUACAUUACAAAGCAGUCAGAGAGGCAUUUAUCCAACAGUAGCCCAUUUGAGUCACUGCUAUUAGGUAUACUUGGGUUGAUAAUUAAUAAUGUGAUGAAAAAAUUACAGUUUGUAGUAGCUUCCUGGCAGUGUCAGCCUGAUGUGGCUAUGCCCUCUGGUAAAGUUGGAUUUCAUAAGAAUCCUGAUUGCGCUGGGUUAUUCACCGACCAUGAUCCUGAGAAACAAUUUAAAGACUUGAAAGAAAUUGGACAUGGAAGUUUUGGAGCUGUUUAUUAUGCAAAACAUGUCAAGACCGGGGAGGUGGUGGCCAUCAAAAAGAUGUCAUUCUGUGGCAAACAAAGUGCAGAAAAGUGGGCAGAUAUUGUUAGAGAAGUGAAGUUUUUGAAGCAAUGUAAACAUGAGAAUACAAUCAGUUACAAAAGCUGUUAUCUUAAAGAGCACACAGCAUGGCUUGUCAUGGAGUAUUGUGUUGGGUCCUGUUCCGAUGUUUUGGAAGUCCACAAGAAACCUCUUGCAGAGAAUGAGAUUGCAGCUGUUUGCAAGGGAGCUCUGAAUGGAUUAUCAUAUUUACAUUCCAAUGAUAAAAUUCAUCGUGACGUCAAAGCUGGUAAUGUUCUACUCACAGAAGAUGGUGUUGUAAAGUUAGCUGAUUUUGGCUCAGCAUCCAUUAUUUCGCCUGCAAACUCUUUUGUUGGAACACCAUACUGGAUGGCUCCUGAAGUCAUUCUGGCCAUGGAUGAAGGCCAGUAUGAUGGAAAGGUUGAUAUUUGGUCGUUGGGAAUUACGUGUAUUGAAUUAGCCGAACGUAAACCUCCGUUAUUCAAUAUGAAUGCAAUGAGUGCGCUAUAUCACAUCGCUCAGAAUGAUCCUCCGGCCCUCACGACGGACGGUUGGUCUGGGAGUUUCAAAGAGUUUAUCAGUAAAUGUCUGGAAAAAAAUGUUCCUGACAGGCCAAACAGCCAGGAACUUGCGUCUCACGAGUUCUUGAAUAGAAGCCAACAAAAAAAUAUUUUAAAAGAACUGGUUCAAAGAACGAAGAGCCAAGUCCGUGCUUUAGAUAAUAUGAAUUAUAAAAGAGUGAAAAAAAUAUUUAUGAAUGAAGGAAAUUCAGGUCUUGAGGCUUCCAGUUCUUUUGAUGAUGACGCCAGUUCACAGAUGUCAUCUUUCUCCAGCACAAUGUCCUCGGUACAACUAAAUGAUGAUACGAGUAUUAAAUCUGAUAAAACAACUAAAUAUAACGGCGAUUCUGAACAUUCAGAGGUUGAAGUGACGAACAGGAAGACAGCGAGUGUUCAAAGUCAUAACAGUUCGAUAUCUAGUAACCACAACAGCAGCACUGAGAGCUUACCUGGUGCUACAGCUGAGGCCAAGACUGACAAAGCAACAGAAAAGAAUCAUGAUCAAGGCAAAGACGAUGAUGUCAUUAGUCUCUUUACCCCGAAAAAGGAUGGAGAAGAAGAUGAAAGAUUUGCGACAAUACGACCAAUCAACGCUAUUCUCAGACAGAGGGAACAACACCAGUCAAACGAUGACUUCAGAGAACAGAUGAAUGUUUAUAAACAAAUGCGUCAGCAGCAUCAGAAACAACUUUUACAACUAGAAAAUAAACUGAAAAAUGAAAUGAACGAACAUAAAAAGCAACUUGAUCGUGAAUACGAACAACAAGUUCAUCAAUUUGAAAGAGAAAUGGAGAAACUGAAGGGCAAACACAAAACUGAUUUUGAUCAAAAGCUUCGUCAGUUCUCAACGGAUGAAAGAAAACUAACGAAACAGAUCAAAGAACAGCAGGAUAACGAGAUGAAGGUUUGCACGACAAGACAGAAGACAGCUUACAAGAAUAAUAAAACAAGAUUGAAAAAGGAAGUACGUGAAGGCAAACUAGACAUGUCUAAAUAUCGGGAUGAGAAAGGCAAAGUUGCCGCAGAUCAACAACAUUUUACGCAGACAAAACUCAAGGAACAUAAAGAUUUCCUGGAGUCAGAAAUCAGGAAGUUUCGGCGACAGCAAAUUUUACAUCGACACGAACUUGAGGGAAAAUUACUUCGCGAGGAAAUGGAUAAACUAGGAAGUCAGAAGGAUCAAGCUCACUCGAUGUUAGUUCGUCAUCAUGAAUGUACCCAGGAGAUGGAAUUUAGACAUUUGGAUAUGAUUCAGAAGAUGAGACUGGACCAUCAGAAAACUCAGCAGUCAACAGAAUGGAGCAAUCAAAUGGAAUACAACAAACGGGCAGAGUUGGAUCUGAAACGACGGCAUUUAAUGGAACAGAAACAACAGCCAAAGACUCUAAAGGCGCAAGAACUAAAAAUCAAGAAACAGUUUCAUGACACAGUGAAGAUCCAAUAUCGACAAUACAAAGCAUAUCAGAAACAAGUUCUGCAAACAGCGCCGAAGGAGAACCACAAAGAAUUAAUUGAAUCUUUCAAGGAGGAUAGAAAUCGUAAAAUGGCAGAUCUUAAAUUACAAUAUGAUCAGAGCAUUUACGACAUGUUGCAACGUCAGUCAUUAAGACUUGAUGAAGAACAGUUGAAAGAACAGGAAAGUCUACGAUCAAAACUUCAAAAAGAGCAAGAUUUACUGAGCGCUUAUCAAGCAAAACAAGCGGAACAAUUGAUGCGUCAACACGAAAGAGAGUUACGAGAACUACAGGACAGGGUCUCAGUUAGGAGAGCUGUUCUUGAACAAAAGAUGGAUGAAGAAACUAAAAAUUUACGGAACCUGCGAAAGGAACGGGAACGAGAGCUGAAUAAUCGCCACGUGAGAGAACUUGAAGAAUUUGAUGUUGUUGAAGAUGGUAUGUCAGGCCCGUGGAAACAUCGCUCUUCAAAUCAGCGGUCCGCCAACACACAAGAGACGAACAAUGGGACUGCUGCCUCCAUCAAUGGCCGUAAGUCUACAGCGUCAUCACCCCCCGGAGCUACAGCGAGGUGAUUGUACUUGAUGUAGAUGCAAUUAUUGGAUCGUGUUGUAUAUAGUUGGAAUUAUCAAUGAGUCAGCUAGGAAAAUUCGAUAAAGAAUAACACAAUAAUCAAAAGAUGCUCUUUGGAUCUUUGUAUUUUACUGGUGAACAAAUUAUAACAAAAAUCCACAUUACAAAGAUAAUGGCAUGGUCACUUAGGUUCAUGUCCAGGCUCUUUCCUCUAAAGUAAAAGAUCUUUAAUGUAAAAAUCAUCAUUUCUCAACUAUAGAAGUGCUAUUUUUUCUUAACUAUAAGAUAAUUACUAAUAUAUAUAUUAUUAUAUAUAUAUAUAUCCAUAACUAUGAGUUGUAUUUUUACUCAGAGACCUUUUUAAAUAGAAAGUUUAAAAUUA